GGGAGAAGAUAGCAAGAUGCUAGUGUGUGACACGUGUGACAAAGGGUAUCAUACUUUUUGUCUUCAACGAAUUAUGAAAUCUGUACCAACCAAUGGCUGGAAAUGCAAAUAUCAUCCCAACAUACAGUGAAUACCGAAUUGGAAAAACAGAUUUCUAAUGAGGUUGAUAGUGAAGAAAUGAAAAUGUCUUCUGAAGUGAAGCAUAUUUGUGGUGAAGAUCAAAUUGAAGAUAAAAUGGAAGUGACAGAAAACAUUGAAGUCGUUACACACCAGAUCACUGUGCAGCAAGAGCAACUGCAGUUGUUAGAGGAACCUAAAACAGUGGUAUCCAAAGAAGAAUCAAGGCCUCCAAAAUUAGUCAUUGAAUCUGUCACUCUUCCACUAGAAACCUUAGUGUCCCCACAUGAGGAAAGCACUUCAUUAUGUCCUGAGGAACAGUUGGUUAUAGAAAGGCUACAAGGAGAAAAGGAACAUAAAGAAAAUUCUGAGCUUUCUACUGGAUUGAUGGACUCUGAAAUGACUCCUAAAAUUGAGGGUUGUUUGAAAGAUGUUUCAUACCAAGGAGGCAAAUCUAUAAAGUUAUCAUCUGAGACAGAGUCAUCAUUUUCAUCAUCAGCAGACAUAAGCAAGGCAGAUGUGUCUUCCUCCCCAACACCUUCUUCAGACUCGCCUUCACAUGACAUGCUGCAUAAUUACCCUUCAGCUCUUAGUUCCUCUGCUGGAAACAUCAUGCCAACAACUUACAUCUCAGUCACUCCAAAAAUUGGCAUGGGUAAACCAGCUAUUACUAAGAGAAAAUUUUCUCCUGGUAGACCUCGGUCCAAACAGGUAGGGUGA